AUGCGUUUGCUGCACUUCACCGGCGCCGAGUCGCAACCGCUCGACUUGAGAAAGCGAGAAUCAAGUCCGUCAGCAAGUACGAGUACGACACAGCCGCAGUUUUUGCCUGUAUUCUCAUCGACUGAUGACUAUUACACGGCGAAACUGACGAACAUCGUGGAGGUCCAUACAGAAUCGAAUUCGCUGCUGAAAUCGUCUGCGACAACACAAUCACAUUCACCGAAAUCCCAGAAAGGCAACUUCUUUCUCAUUGACUCACUGUUAACACCUGCGCACCCACCGGAUCUAUCAUUGAGCUCCGCUUGCAAGGGAGUCGAGGGAGCACCAGUGUUUUUUGGGUGUUCGUUGGCAGCGUCGUUCAGAAAUCCAACCGCCACUUUCGAUAUUCCGAAGCGUAGCAGAAUAGAGCCGGAGCGCGACGUCGCUCGGGCACCGGCGCCAGCCGUGCUCAGUCCUCAUCGUUCCAACGGUCAGGAGACGUUGAACGCUUCAAGCUCGAUGAAGAAGCUGAAACGGGAGCCAGAUGAGACCACCAGCACCACCAUGACGCCACCGCCGAACAUCUGCGUCGACGACGAGUUCCCUUGA